AUGGUAGCUUCAGGAGUCGAGAAGCGUGUACGCAUCGCUGUUGUAGGCGGAGAGCUAGCAGGCGCCAUUCUAGUUCGAGCACUUAUGAACUGCCCAAAUCUCGAUUUACAACUUUACGAAGCGGGCGCAGAAUUUGGGGAAGAAGACACCGCUAUUGAGAUAGGGGUUGCAGGAGAGGAGGCUCUUCAAACAAUCGGUUCAGAGCUACUUAGUGUUUUGGAGAACGCGGGAGCCUCGUCGUUGAAAAGUACUAGAAUGGUAAUUUCAAACACAUCGACGUCAAUUUCAGUUGACACGGAAAUUUCUGAUCUCGCAAAUGACCUACCAGUACAUGUGGUUAGAAAGUCGUCUUUUAUCGAUGUGCUACUGGAGCCAGUGCCCUCGGCCAAUUUACACACACAUAGAUCAGUCAUUUCAAUUCACCCUUCGAAGAAUGGAGGCGUACAUCUUCAUUUCCAGGACGGAACGGCCUCGUAUGCAGAUGCUGUAGUCGGCGCUGACGGGUUUCAAGGGUAUACUCGACAGCAUGUCCUUGGCAGUGACUAUCCUGCUCUUUCUGCUGGACGGGAAUACAGAGCAUUAGUCCCUAUUGAGGAAGCGAGGAAGCUUCUCGGUGCAAUUGGUUUAACUGAAAACAGACAGUACACGUGGAUGGGAAAAGGUUGGCUCGUGAGGCUUGGUACAUUUGAUAGAGACAGAACUGCGUUUUGUAUUGCGAGCCAUAUUGACGAAAAGCCUGGUGUUAGCCAUGACCUGAGGCAAACUAAUGAUCGCACAUUCUUGGAGAAGGCUUUUAAGGGGUGGGGAAAUCAAGUUGUCAAAAAUACAAUAAUCUCGUUAUUGUUGCAACAUCCAAUCACUCCACCCUUCCCGCUUUACCAUCAUACACAUCCAAUCGCAUCGUAUAUCAAGAGCCGCGUCUGUGUCGUAGGCGAAGCAGCAAAUACUGGCUCGCACUGGGAUGGGUCAGGCCCCAGCCAAGAAAUAGAAGAUGUGUUGGUCUUGUCGGCUCUUCUCGCCGAAAUUAGGGAGUCUACUGAGCUCGAGGCUGUGUUUAAAUCGUAUGAUGAGGCAAGGAGACCUCGGAGACAGGCAUAUUCACAGGCCAAUGUCAUGAUUGAUGCCAUACUGUUUGAGAAAACCGGAGCAAAUAUUGAUCCUGAACAGUUGAGAGAAGCAUUUGCUACGACCCACGCAUCUGAACAGAAUUUUGAGAUGGAAAAGUACAAACUCGAAGCGCUGAAGUUAUACAAUAAAAUUAACAAUAGCUAA